CAUGGCCGCCGAGGUGGCGGUGGUGGGAUCGUGUAUGACCGACCUGGUCAGCUUUACCACGAGAUUGCCAAGAGCUGGAGAAACUAUCCUCGGACAGAAGUUUUUCAUUGGUUUUGGUGGGAAAGGAGCCAAUCAGUGUGUCCAGUCUGCUCGACUUGGGGCCAAGACCUCUCUGAUCUGCAAGGUUGGGAAGGAUUCCUUUGGCAAUGAUUAUGUUGCAAAUUUGAAGAAGAAUGGUGUUUCUACAGCAUUUGUAGGUCAGACUGCAGAUGCUGUUACUGGAACUGCUUCAAUAAUUGUCAACAGUGAAGGACAGAAUGUUAUUGUCAUAGUUCCAGGAGCCAAUCUGCUUUUAAAUUCUGAAGACCUGAAGAGAGCUUCUGAUAUCAUCUGUAAAGCCAAAGUGGUUGUCUGCCAGCUAGAAAUAACCCCUGCUGUUUCUCUUGAAGCGCUGAAAAUGGCACGUGCUAGUGGAGUAAAAACCUUGUUUAACCCUGCUCCAGCCCUUGCUGACCUAGAUCCAGAAUUUUAUACCCACUCUGACAUCUUCUGCUGCAAUGAAACUGAGAUACACCACAGUACUCAGGAAUGAGCCAAACAGUGCUUUCUUUCAAGGCAGGAGAUGCUGUGGCCCCUCGGGAUUCUGGUAGGCAAAGCUUCCAGUAUAGUUGGAAGCGAUAUAAUUUGUGGUUAUCAGAGCCAUCAGAGUUUAGUUAUAUGUGACAGUGAGAAUGAUAAGACAAAGUAUUUGUUUUUAUUCAGGACACCCAUAUUGUAUUUUCUUCUUGCUUUCAGGAAACCCUUUUAUGCCUGAACCAUGCCCCUGGAUUGGUUAAAUGGGCUACAGCAUGCAUUUGGGGCUGAGAACAUCUAUAUUCUCCCAUCAAUUUAAUACAUGUCAUUCACUGUUUGCUUUUUUUCGUCAUGUCACUAGCUAACUUUUUUUUUCCCCUUGAGAAAACUUAUCCUCCAUAUGUUAGACACAAAACUUUGGUUUUCAUUACUUGUCUGUUCCUGACUUUUCUCUCAUUGCUCUUUGCAGCACACGUUAAAGUUUUCCCUUUAUUAUUGCUAGAGGACAGUCUUGAAAGAAACAUUCUUUGAGAAGUUUUACUUGCUGGAGCCAGGGCAUAUUAUUAUUACCACCACAUGGAGAAAAGAAAAUUACUCUAUUGGGAGAACAAGAAAUACAGGUGCAUAAUUACAAUAGAUCCCUGCUCACUCAUCCACCUUUGUACCCACCUGUGGAGUGGGGGGUACAGUUUGCAUUCUUUUCUGCUAUUUUCUUUUAAAAAGUAAUUACCAUUUGAAGAUGGCUGGGAUUACUUCAUGCAUUCAGGUAAAUGAAUUCAAUGCUGUUUAAAAGGCUUCUCUCUUCUGAAUUUAUGGGUAUGAUAGACCUAUGAAAUUUCCUGCCAGCCGUAUCAUGGGAGAACAGAUUGAGUUGUGGGACCCCUACAGCAAAUUCUGAGAACACAGAACUGCACAUAAAUAAGUGCUUUUAGCAAUAACCUUCUUAUAUUUUGCAAUGAAAUGAAUUACAAUACCAUCUUUUUAAUAAUCAAUUAUAUUUUAUUUCAUCCUCUCCAUGUCUGGUUUGUUAUUGAAUUGAUGUUCAGGGAUGAACUAUUGCCAUUUUUCCUUUCUUUUUGCUGAGAAAAAAGGAAAAAUGAAGCAAAGAAGCACUUGUUUUUCUUAUAACCCAAAAUUGAAAGAUCUUUUUUUCCUUUAGUAAUUGUUAUACAUUCAUGUGCCAUCUGUUUUCUGUUUAUUUCAUUACUUUCUUUGAUUUCAGAUCACUGUAAUGUAUGCAUUUGAGAAGUUUAAUAUAGAAAUGAAGUUUACAUAUCCAAAUAAAGGUUACCGGUCACAUCUCUACAUGCCAUUUAAAAGCAAUGAGUUAAAUCUGCUAAUGUUAAAAAUAAUGAUGGGUUUGUCCAUUCAUCCAACUGCAUCUGCAUUUCCUUCAACUUCUUAAAUUGGGAAUUACCUACCACUUUGAUGGUCCAGAAUACAUACUGGGAAAAGGUUUCACAGCUUUCUUUUCUUCUUUCCCUCAGUAUCGGGUAGCCCUCAUAGCCAGAAAAGAGGAACUGAAUAAGAUGGACCUUUGCUCUAAUCCACUGUGUCCAUUCUUAUUUUACAGGUUUGGUGGUUGUUUCGUUUUUAAUCCUCUGUGGCCACAUUUAUUGAAUAUGCUGCUUACAUCUGCUUUUUUGAGAGGUUUGGUUCCAGCUCCAUUGCUGCUCCUCUUUGGUAUCUCUGAGCCUCAAACAAUUUUCUUCUAAGCAAAACCCCAUUUAUGUUCCAGGCUUACCUCUUUUGCACAUCUUUUGUUAUUCAGCAUUUUUAAGUACUACUUGAAAACGAGUAGUUUAUUUCUGCCUUAUCACUAGUAAGCCCUUUAAUAGCUCUCAACAAAUUGUCUCAGGUUUAAAGAUGAACUCUUUAGAGCUAUGCAAGUCAGCUGGUUCUAAAACAUUCUUUUUAACACAGACACAUAUGCUAAGACAAGAUUAAAUUUUCACUAAUUUUAAUUGUUACUUGGUUUGGCUUUCGUAUUAAUUUAAAUUUAUAGGUAUUUAUCAUAUAAUUUUAUCUAAUUAUUUUUAUCUUUAUUCUUCCUCAAAAAAUAGCUUUAUGUUAUUAAGUCCUGUACUUUGUGGAUAUCAUGUGAAUAUGUUUGUAACAGAACUGUGUUAGCUGUGGAGGAGAGAGCCAGCCAUUGAGCCUAAGACAUUUCACAGAUGGUGUGGAGCGUUUGUUUUGCUAGAGAUGAGUAAAAGGGGAUAGUCCUUGUGAUUAGCUGAAUUAUUACUGAGUCAGAAAUCUCUAUUGUUUACUUCCACACUGGUCAGCAGCUUUGAUCUGUGAUGCCUUUGUCACAGAAUAAAAAUUUUAAAAUGUCAGCUACAGUUUUAUACAAUCAUGGGAUUUUGAGUCCCAAAUGUGUAAGUAUCAAAUGCAUCACACUUCGUACUCUAUUCUUCAUUAACUGCUUUAGGAUUUAAUGAAAUCACAUGCAGUAUCUGAUAUAACAGCACAGCUUGUUCUUAUGGAUUUAUGUGCUAGAGAGAAGCAAACAAAAUUAUACUAUCAGUGAAUUAUCUACCAUUAGUUUGUCUAGAAGGCUCUUCACAAGCUGUUCUUUUCACUCUUGCUUGUUGCAAUAAUAUUUUUUAAUGUCUGACAUUGCUUUCUUUUUAUGUGGUUCAUGAAGAAAAAAACUCAGAACAAAUCUUGCAAGGUUAUCAGUUCUUUCUUUGCUUAGCCUGUAGUUCAGUUUUAUCUUUUCCCAGAAAGAUCAAGCUUGUUGAGACUAGUUUGUUAAUUCCCAGAUGCAGCACAGCCUAAUCCCUGAGGUUUGUGCAGGAAUGUGCUAGUUCUCCAUUCCCUUAAUUCUUCUAAUGAAAAAUAAAUGUAUCCAAUGUCAUCUAAGUGAAAACCAAUGGUUGUUCUUCUCAGUCUGCUAUAAAUGUUGAAAAAGAAACAACCCUAUACAAGAAAAGUUCUUGGGAAUACUUACCUUUUUUUUCUUUCCAUUUUUUUUCCUUACUGUAGUAUGGCCCUAGGCACAACCACAAUGUCAAUAGAGUUCAUGUGUUGUUUUUCUUAUUUAGUGUGUGCGUGCAAUUACAGAGCCCUGCAGGUUAGGAACCAAAAUAUAUUGCAUGUCAGCAAUUUGAAUUUGGUCCUAAACGUUUUGAAGAACAGCUGCUUCUCUGCUCAGAGAAUACUGAAGAGCCCUUCAGGAGAAGGAAAACUCCUAAAUGGUUGCAGCAAAUGAUUUAGCAUGUCAGGCUAUUUUUAAUGCAACACUGGGAACUGCUUUCUUCCUAAUGUAAAAUGGAUAUCAGACUCCUGAUCUAAAUAAGAAAGGCCUAGCAAAUGUUUAAUUAAAUGCUGACAGAAUACUUAAGGGUUUUGAUGGUAGAAAAAAGUACAUCUAAAUAUAAAUUCAUUGCUAAUUUUCUUAAAGAAAGCUGCAAGAUGUAUAAAAAUAUUACAAAAUAAUAGAUACUAUCAUUUUGCUUCCUUUGUGCUAUUGCCUAUUAGUUGAGGUUGAAAUAUUUUUGAAAGAAAUAUUAAUAAUGGAAAUUCUUGUUAGUAUGUACAAAAUCAAUAGACAGCAAUGGCUUUUACAAGAUUCAGAGAAUAUCAAGCUUAUACAACUGUAUCUGAAGUCUUAGAGCAGGACAUCUGAGAUCUUGCUUAUUAAUAUAGACUGGUUAAUAAUAGAGAUAGUCUCAGGAAUUUGCCUUUUCUGUUGUAAGUAAAGGAAAGUUACUAUUUCUUCAUUACAUAGAAGUUGCUGGAAAUUCACAGUAUAUUUUAAUUUAAAUUCCAACUUUGUUCUAAAGUCUAUUUUAUCUGCUGCUGGAAACUAUGAAUUUUCCCAUAUUUAGUCUAAAAUGAAAGAUGUUACUUUUGGAGGAGGAGAGAAUAGCUUCAAGCCAAUUCAUUUCAGUUUUUAAUUAUUCUAGCAUAAGUAUUUCUUCAUGUAUGUAUAUAAAAGUUUUAUAAUUUGAAACAACUGGAAUUAGCUUGGCUUAUGGCCUGAUCUUGCAAUUGCAUUUAUACCAAAACUGUCUCUCACUACUUCUUUGGGACUCAUCGUGUGUUAGAAUUAACAAGAUCAAGUUCUUUUUCUGUCAUUCUCAAAGAAAUCUUAGAAAUCAAAGAUACAACCAAGUUUGUAGCCAACUGGCUUACUGUAUAUAAAUACUUAACAUGAAAAGUAUUUUGAAUUGUCAUAUGUAGUUUUAGAUAAGUUAGCCUUAAGCCUGGUAGUUUGCUUGUUAUUAUUUAUGAUUUCUGUUCCAGUAGUACCUGGCAACGUUUGCAAAGUUGCAUUGUGCUAGGUGCUUUGUGGGUACUAAAGCAAACGAUGGACUGCUCGCUGAAGAGUUCACAUUUUUUGUCGUCUCAUCAGUGUCCGUUUGUUGAAUAGAAACAGGCCUCUGGAGAUCUCAGUCCUGCUGAAGAAGUGCUAGCUUCGGUCAGAUCGCUCAGGGUUUCUCCUUUCAAGUUUUGAAUCUCCGAGGAUGGGGAGCCUGUGCCCUGUUUCGGGUACCUGCUCUAGUGCUGCAUCACUCUGGUAGUGAAAAAGUUUUUUCUAAUGCUGGAAUUUUCCACGUUCCAGCUUGUGCCAGUUGAGUCUAGCCCUAUUCUUGUACAGCUCCAAGAAGAGUGGUUCUCUCUUUCUAUUAUCCACACAUUAAAUCGUUGUAGCCAGCAAUUAGAUCUCUCCCUAGCCUUAGGUUUUUGAGGCUGAACAGAGCUGCUCCUCCCAGCCGCUGCUUGUAUGUCCUACGCUCUGGUCCCUACCUGUUUUGCUGGCCUCCCACUGGGCUCGUGUAGUAUGUCAGUGUCUGACUUCUGCCAGGGAUCUCAAAACUAGAUUGUCCUGAAGAUUUGGUCUCACAGAUGCCAGGCAGAGGAUCCGGCACUUUUCCCUGAAAGAGGCUGUGUAAGCCAUGGAGUGCCCCGCAUACACCGCUGCUAGGAACACUUGGCAAAGAUUUACAUCUUGGUUUCUUUAUCACGUUUAGCCAGUGCAAACUAGUACUGAUGUUGAAAGGAGUCAAUUGUUUCACUUUAUCUUAUUUUAGUUCGGGCUUAAUUUUAACACAGAUCUGCUUUUCAAUCCAGCUUAUUUCCUGGCCACACAAAUAGCUGUGCUGGCACAAGAGAAUGGGCCAUGUGGACAGGAGUGAAAAGCAAAGCAGGACUAUUUUUUUCUGUAUCAGUGCUGAUUUGUGUCAGCGUACUGCAACUAGACUCCACAGUCUAAAGAGACAAGAAUAAUUAACUGAGAAUAAUGAGGAGUAUUGCCAAGAACUUUUGUAUCAGUUAAAAGCUUCAGAUAAAUUUUUCUUCUACUUUUGUAAACAAAAGAAAGAAAAUUCUCUGUAGAUUAAU